AUGUCGUCGCCCUUCUCAAUAAACGGCGGCGCCUGCGUCGCCAUGGUGGGCAAGGACUGCGUCGCCAUCGCCUGCGACCUGCGCCUGGGCCUGCAGGCCCUGACCGUGUCCAACAACUUCCCCAAGAUCUUCCAGUACGGCGAGGGCGUCUUCCUCGGCCUGACCGGGCUGGCGACCGACGUCUCCACCGUCGCCGACCUCUUCCGGUACAAGGUCAACAUGUACCGCCUGCGCGAGGAGCGCCACAUCGCGCCCAAGACCUUCGCCAACCUCGUCUCGAGCUCCCUCUACGAGCGCCGCUUCGGCCCCUACUUUGUCAGCCCCGUCGUCGCCGGCCUCGAGCCCAAGACGGGCCAGCCCUUCAUCUGCGGCUUCGACUCGAUCGGCUGCAUCGACUUCGCCAAGGACUUCAUCGUCAGCGGCACGGCGACGGAGCAGCUGUUUGGCAUGUGCGAGAGCUUGUUCGAGCCCGAUCUGGGCCCCGAUGAGCUGUUUGAGACCAUCUCCCAGGCGCUGCUCAACGCCGUCGACCGAGAUGCCCUGUCUGGCUGGGGUGCACACGUCUACAUCAUCGAGAAGGACAAGGUCACGAAGCGGUUACUCAAGGGCCGUCAGGAUUAA